UCGACUAAGGAUGGCAUCGAAUACUUCAAAUACUUUUCAACCGGAACGCGAUGGGCCGUUUUACAGAAGUAUCACCCAUUUUAAGGUCGCUUUUAAUUGGCCACGAAGUGACGAUCCGGUUAUAAGGAGGCGCCAUCAGAUCUAUGGCGCAACAUUAAAAGUUAUAUCGCUUUUCAAUUUUGUGGGAAUUGUCAUACACAUGAUCUUCAGCGUUAAAGAACAUCAUUACGAACUUUUGAUAGAGGGUUUGGCUUUGGGUAGUGGCUACUUGGGAGCCAUGAUAUCCAUGACGCUUUUUGUAUCUACAGAACGGACGUGGUCAAACUUUUUAAGGAGACUUUUGGACUUCAAAAAGUUUGGCGUCCCGCCCACGUUGAACAAAAUAGUUAAACGCUUCAAUUUCCUUUCGAACGUUACUUACAUUUACUCAUAUUGUGGAACAAGUCUUUAUUGUUUCAUUGAAAUCACAGACACCGCCGAAUGCGAAAGGGUUAAUCGAGAAGAAGGGCGGACUGAAAUUUGCGGAACAGUGGCGCCUAUUUAUUGGCCCUACGGACUCACAUCCACCCAAAAAAUAAUAAUCAAUGUGAUACAAGUCGUCGCGAUAAUGAUGUACAGUCCACAAUGCGGUAUUUUCAUAUGUUUCCCGUCCGAGGCUAUAGAAAUAUUGAACACCAGGGUGAAGCACGCUUCGCAACUCUUCUUGGAAUUGUUCGACAAUCCCGAUGAGGACUUAGAACACUUGAAAAAACGGAUGACUUUCUAUAUCGAAUAUCACAUAGAAUUGUUGAGUCUAGCUGAAGAGUUUAACAACGCGUUCAGUUCACUUCGGCCUUGCUCAGCUGGCGGAGCGCUGGUGAUCGCCUUUAUUUUGACUCAGCUGUUGAACACUUAUAAUUUGGGAGCGAUCACCCACGUAGCCGGCUGGAUAAUCGGAAUAUUCCUGUUAUGUCGAGCCGGCCAAAUUCUUCAAGACUCGUUAGGCGCUAUUGGCGAAGCGGCGUAUUUUUCGAAAUGGUACGAACUGAAUAACGCUUCAAUCAAAAGAACUAUCCAGUUGCUCAUAUUGAGAGGACAGAAACCCACUUAUCUGGAGGCCAUGCCGGUUGGCAAUCACGACUUUGACUUUUUUGCCCGCCUCUCGAAGACCUCGUACACAUACCUCACGGUUAUGAACCAAGCAUAAGCGGCAGACUAGUGCGGAUUAAAGAAUAUUAUUUUAUUUAAGGUUGUAUCGCACGUUACUUAUAAUACGAAUAAAAAUACACUGUGCAGAAAAAAAAA